AUGACAUUUGAUCCGCGUCGAAAACUGGAGAAUCGACUGGAUGAUGUUGGGCAGUCGGAGCAGUGUAGUAGGUCACUAGAGAGGGCAGGGAGCUUCGCCCUGUCGAUUUCCCAGGAGAGCCGAACAUUCCCUUUGUCAACGCCCUGCGGCCUCGAACUACUCAACGCUGACUCUGCACCCCCGAUUUCCUUUUCCCUCCUUUCGAAGCACGAGGACGAAGUUCCGAGCAUCGUUUCCUCCCGCACACCGAGACCGACAGGCAAGACCGAGUCUCGUUACGGCCUCCCGGGCCUCUAUUCCUCCCUGCGCCGAGAGAAGAAGAAAACCCCGCAACAAAAUCACAUUAUUGCCGCUGAUGGCCUAGCUAAGCGAGAUGUCUUCAGAUUCCCGGAUCCCUUUGCGGUUGCCACCGUUAAUGGCGAGCAGACGCACACGACGACUGUGGCGAAACGAACGUUGAACCCUUACUGGAAUGAGAGCUUUGAUUUCCGCGUGACUGAAGACAGCAUUCUCGCCGUCCAGGUCUUCGACCAGCGCAAGUUCAAGAAGAAGGACCAGGGCUUCCUUGGUGUCAUAAACGUCCGGAUUGGAGAUGUUAUUGAGUUGGCCCUGGAGGCCGAUGAUCAGAUGCUCACUCGGGAUCUCAAGAAGUCGGCGGAUAACCUUGUGGUUCAUGGAAAGUUAAUAGUCAACCUCUCCACCAACCUCGCGAGACCUCGGAACGGAGGUGGCUCCGGACCCCCUGCCGCCGGAAGCUCCGCGGCCGCCUCGAGCUUAGCCCCGUCGACGUCGAAUUUGGGCUCGUCUGACACUCGGCCGACUUCUUCCAUGUCCGGCCAGAACGGUGUUCCUGCUCCGGGCCAACAAGCGCAAAUACCGAUUCGACCGGCCAGCAUCAACUCAGCAGCGGCGCCAAGCCAAUCGUCCAUCGCGCCUCCAACAGCGCCGCCAACCGCAGGAGGACCCUCAUCUACAUCCACCUUCCCAGGGCGGCAGGCAUCCUCUCAACUGAGCCCCUUCGAAGAUGCCCAUGGGCCGUUGCCUGCUGGCUGGGAGCGUCGGGAAGAUAAUCUGGGCAGAACUUACUAUAUUGAUCACAAUAGGAGAGCUACGAGCUGGAAGCGGCCGUCUGCUAACGGCACGGUCGAGUCCCGGGUCGAUCGCGAGGCAGCUACCCAGGUAGAGCGGCAGCGUCACUUGAACCGUACCCUUCCCGAGGACCGCACGGGUGCAAGCUCACCCACGCUCACGCAGCCUCAACCGCAACCCCGGUACAACAGUCACAGCCGCCCCCAGCCACGAGCCCGUCGCAGAUGGCCGUGGCCGGCUCCACCACGCAGCCCGGUACCGGAGAGCUUCCCCGGCUGGGAGCAGCGAUUCACUCCCGAGGGCCGACCGUACUUUGUUGACCACAACACGCGAACGACCACCUGGGUGGACCCCCGGCGCCAUCAGUACGUUCGUGUCUACAGUCCUAACAACAAUUCGGGUGGUUUCCAGCAACAGCCCGUAUCGCAGCUCGGCCCCCUACCUAGCGGAUGGGAGAUGCGGCUUACCAACACCGCUCGCGUCUACUUUGUCGACCAUAACACCAAGACGACAACCUGGGACGAUCCGAGAUUGCCAUCGUCGCUCGACCAGAAUGUGCCCCAGUACAAGCGUGACUUCCGCAGGAAGCUCAUUUACUUCCGAUCGCAGCCCGCGAUGCGCAUCCUCUCUGGUCAGUGUCACAUCAAGGUGCGACGAUCUCACAUUUUCGAGGAUUCGUUUGCAGAGAUUCAGCGGCAGUCUCCCACCGACCUGAAAAAGCGUCUAAUGAUCAAGUUUGACGGCGAGGACGGCCUCGAUUACGGUGGUCUAUCCCGAGAAUUCUUCUUCCUCCUCUCGCAUGAGAUGUUUAACCCCUUUUACUGCUUGUUCGAAUACUCGGCACACGACAACUACACGCUGCAGAUUAACCCUCACUCAGGUAUCAACCCUGAGCAUCUCAACUACUUCAAAUUCAUCGGUCGCGUUGUUGGUCUUGCCAUCUACCACAGGCGUUUCCUUGAUGCCUUUUUCAUCGGAGCCCUGUACAAGAUGAUCCUCGGAAAGUCUGUUGUGCUAGCCGAUAUGGAAGGUGUCGAUGCGGACUUCCACAGGUCCCUCCAGUGGAUGUUGGAUAACGAUAUCUCGGGCGGCAUUUUGGAGCAAACGUUCUCUACUGAAGACGAGCGCUUUGGUGUCGUUACUGAGGAGGAUCUUAUACCCAACGGCCGCAACAUUGAAGUGACCAACGAGAAUAAGAAGGAGUAUGUUGACCUCAUGGUCAAGUGGCGAAUCGAGAAGCGCAUCGCCGAACAGUUCCAGGCUUUCAAGGAUGGCUUCCAAGAGCUGAUUCCUCAGGACCUCAUCAACGUGUUUGAUGAGCGCGAGCUUGAGCUGCUCAUCGGCGGUAUCGCUGAGAUUGAUGUGGACGACUGGAAGAAGCACACCGAUUAUCGUGGAUACACAGAGACGGAUGAGGUCAUCCAGUUCUUCUGGCAGACAAUCCGCUCGUGGGAUGGUGAGCAAAAGUCGAGGUUGUUGCAGUUCGCCACGGGUACUUCGCGUAUCCCCGUCAACGGUUUCAAGGAUCUCCAGGGCAGUGACGGCCCAAGGAGGUUCACUAUCGAAAAGGCUGGUGAUAUUAAUAACCUGCCCAAGGCGCAUACUUGCUUUAACCGCCUGGAUCUGCCCCCUACAAGUCGUUGGAGAUGCUCCAGGGCAAGCUCACAAUUGCUGUUGAGGAAACUAUGGGUUUCGGACAGGAGUAAAUGCGAGAACUAA